AUGUCACCUGUAAAUCCUAAGUUUGGAUAUUCUCAUGUUCAAUUUGUUGGAAAAAUUGCUGAAAUUUUGGUAGAGGAAGGAAAUGAGGUUGUUCAAUUGAUAAUUGAAAUGGAUCCUUCCAUUAAAGGUAAUGGAACUGAAAAGGCUAAAAAUAUUAUUUAUCCUGGGAUAGAAAGUGUAAUGAAACGUCUCCAAAAUAGUGGUAAACAUUUGAAUGUCUGGAAAUCUGAGCAUGGAUCAAUGGAACAAUUGAAUGUUAUAAUGGAUAUUAUUGAGUCAAAUAGAGAUGUAGGAACUCAAUUAAUAUAUGAUAAAGAACUAGGAAAUUGGAUAAGAGAACAGAAAUUUGAUAUGGCUAUAAGUGAAAUUUUUAAUGUUUAUGCUUUUGGACUUUUUAAAGCAUGGGAUAUUGAUACAACAAUUGCUAUAUCUGCUAUUCCUUUAGUAGAAACAUAUAGAUGGUUUUAUGGUAUGGAUUACCCUGCUUCAUUUAUACCAGGUAUUACCAUGAGUAUGAAUGAUAAAAUGACAUAUAAAGAAAGAUUUAUAAAUUUAUUAAAUUUUUUGCUUACAAAACUUAUUUUUGACUAUGAUAAAAGUUAUGAUUAUACUGAAAUGCUACAAAAAGUAUAUCCUGAUAGGCAUAUAAAUAAUGAAAAAGAAUGUGGUGAUGUAUCAUUUCUAUUUCUAAAUACACAUCCAUAUUUAGAUUUUCCUCAAUCAUUACCACCAAAAAUUCAAGAAAUUGGUGGUAUUGCAAUACCGGAAAAAAAAGUAUUAUCAAAAGAAUGGGAUGAUAUUUUAAAUAAAAGAAAAAUUAAUGUUUUAUUAUCAUUUGGAACAAUAGUUAAAUCUAAAAAUAUGCCUUCAAAUGUAAGAAUUAACAUAGUUAAUACAUUCUUAUCCUUUAAAAAUGUUACAUUUAUUUGGAAAGUUGAUAAAGAUGAUGACUAUCUUGAUAAAAAUUAUGAUAAUAUUAUUGUAAAAUCAUGGAUUCCACAAAGUGACUUAUUAGCUGAUGAUCGUUUAUAUCUUUUUAUAACACAUUGUGGUUUAAAUAGUUUUAUGGAAUUGACAUAUAAUGGAAAAGUUGCAUUAGCUAUACCAUUUUUAGCUGAUCAAUUUAGAAAUUCAAAGUUACUUGCAAAAGCUGGUUCAGGAAAAGCAAUUGAUAAAAAAGAUCUUGAUUAUGGUGAAAAAUUUACCAAUGCUAUUAGAGAUAUGUUAGAAAAUAAUGAUUAUAAAGUUAAAGCUUUAAGAAUAAAAAAUUUAAUUGAAACUAGACCAUUGGAAUCAAAAGAAGUAUUUUUAAAACAUAUAGAAAUUGCUAAAAAGUUUAAAAAAUUACCAGAAUUAGAUUUAAGCAGUAGAAAUUUAACUUUUAUAGAAUACUUUAAUCUGGAUAUUUUUAUUCCAGCAAUCAUGGUAUUUUUACUUAUCUUAUUUACAAUUGCAAUUGUUAUUAAAAAAAUAAUAAUAUUAUGUUUUUUUGUAAAACAAAAAUCUAAAAUUGAAUAA